AUGCUGAAAGAGGAUUACGUUAUCUUCGCGGAUUCUACCUUCGCCAACAACAAGGACUUUACUUCGCAGAUCGGAUUUGCCAUUGUUCUUGCAAAUGCUUCAAACAACGCCAACAUCGUACAUUGGUCUUUGAUCAAAUGUAAACGCGUCGCACGAAGCGUACUAGCUUCAGAAUUAUACGCAAUGGUCCAUGGCUUUGAUUCGGCUGCAUCAAUCAAAUCAACAAUAACGCAGCCUCUACACCUCACCAAGCCGAUGCCCCUUGUCGUUUUCACCGAUUCGAAGAGUCUCUACGAAUGCCUAGUCAAACUCGGUACAACGCAAGAAAAGCGCCUCAGGAUCGACCUCAUGUGUCUCCGCCAAAUAUAUGAGGGCCAGGAAAUUGCAGAAAUCAAGUGGAUCGACGGCGAUAGUAAUCCUGCCAAUGCCAUGACGAAGAGCAAGCCAUGCCGCGCUUUACAAGCCUUAUUGAUACGAACAAGCUCUAUGUCAACGUCGACGGAUGGGUGGAGAGAUCUAUAA